AGAGGACGUGGGAGGACUGCCAAGCAUUGAGCUGGGAGAAAACAAAGGGAGCGCACGCUGGAGGUGCCUCUGGGGCCGGAGGAUCUGUUGAUCUGCUCUGACGUCUGCUCCCCAAGUUUUGGUUGCCGAGCAAAGUGGGGGUGUCAGGAGCCUCCUUCAGCGACAGGCCAGCUUCGCGCCUCUGCCCAGACCCAGCCCUCAGAGGGACCCGGCAUCAUGGCGGAAGACAUCAUGAUUCAGGACAUGGUGACAUUUGAGGACGUUGCCGUCUCGUUCUCCCCCGAAGAAUGGGAGAUGAUGGAGGACUGGCAGAGGGAGCUGCACUGGGAGAUGAUGAUGGAAAACUACAGAAUGCUCAUCUCUCUGGGAAACGACCUCUACCUCCUUUCCUCGAGCGGAAUGUUCUGGAACACGUCGGACGAAGACAGUGUCCCCGCCGAGCCGCAGAGAGGUCCCGCUAUGGGGUCGCCGGAGACUUCGCCCCUCCGUAUCCUUGAGCACCAAACGGAGAUGGAGGAAGCCUUCGUGCCGGAGCAGCAACCUUUGCCAAGGGGCGCCAGCCCUGCGGGGAGCCCGUAUCCCUGCCCGCUGUGUGAGCAGUGCUUCCGGGGCAGGAAGGAACUUGACCGGCACCAGAGGAGCAUCCACCUGGGGGACAAACCCCACGGGUGCGAGGAGUGCGGGAAAGCCUUCCGAGACAAGAGCGACCUUCGCGUCCAUCAGAGAAUCCACACGGGGGAGAAGCCCUUCCCCUGCGAGGUCUGCGGCAAAUCCUUCCGGGAGAAGAGUAAACUCAUCGUGCACCAGCGGAUCCACACGGGGGAGAAGCGCUGCGUUUGCCAGGAGUGCGGGAAAUCCUUCCGGGACAAGCAUUACCUUCGGGACCAUCAGAGAAUCCACGCGGGAGAGAGGCCCUACCACUGCGAGGACUGCGGCAGGAGCUUCCGCACCCGGAGCCAUUUCACCCUGCACCAGAGGAUCCACACGGGGGUCAAGCCCUACGUCUGCAACGAGUGCGGGAAGACCUUCGUCCAGAAGAGCAAUCUCGUCAGCCAUCAGAGAAUCCACACCGGCGAGAAGCCCUUCCCUUGCGAGGAAUGCGGGAAGAUGUUCCGGGACCGGAAAACCCUCCGGUACCACCGGAGGAUUCACAUGGGGGAGAAACCCUACCCGUGCCAAGAGUGCGGCAAGACGUUCCGGGACAAGAGCAGCCUGACGGUCCAUCAGAACAUCCACUCCGGGGAGAAGCCCUUCAUCUGCUGGGAAUGCGGUAGGAGCUUCCGGGAGAAGAUGUACCUGAAGGAUCAUCAGAGAAUCCACACGGGGGAAAAGCCCUUCUCUUGCCAGGAGUGUGGGAAGACGUUCAGAGCCAAGAGGACCCUCACGUACCACGAGAGGAUCCACACGGGGGAGAAGCCCUUCCCCUGCCUGGAGUGCGGCAAGACCUUCCGGGGCAAGAGCAGCCUGACGGUCCAUCAGAGAAUCCACUCGGGAGAGAAGCCGUUCAUGUGCUGGGUCUGCGGGAGGAGCUUCCGGGAAAAGAUGUACCUCCGGGAGCACCAGAAAAUACACCUCGAGGAGAAGCCCUAUCCCUGCGGGGACUGCGAGAAGAGCUUCGUCCACAAGAACCACCUCAUCCGCCACCAGAAAUUCCAUGUGGCCUUCUCCAUCCAACGAGAGAGGAGGCCUGGGAAGCUGGAGGGAGGAGCCGCGUUGCAGAAAAAGGAGGCGCGUUUUGCAGCAGGGAAGGCGAAGCAGCAGCCGGACCGGGUCUUGGGCUUUGCAGCCGGGUUGCCAACUGACCCGAAGGAAGCCCCGCCCCCGGCUGCUCUUGUGACGUUUGAGGACGUGGCCGUCUACUUCUGCCGGGAAGAGUGGGCGGAAUUAAUUCCGUGGCAGAAGGAACUCUACCGGGGUGUGAUGGUGGAAAACUACGAGGCGGUCCUUUCCGUGGGCCGCUUGUCUGUGAAACCGGAGAUCAUCAGCAAAAUUGAACGGGAGGAGGCCGAGCUGUGCGUCGGAGAGUUUUGGAAGCCCCCCCAGUGGAGAGACCCUUCAGGCCAGUGGCUAGCAGGAGAUGGCAUCAGGAUGGCAGACGAUGAAGACCUCGAAAGGGCAGCCCCCAUUCGGCGGCGGCGAGGGAGAAGGAAGAAGGUCCCGUCUUCAACAACAGAGAAACAGAUGGCGAUCGUGCCCCCCAAGGACAAGGGGGCCCCAAAGUUGACACUGAAGAUGAAACCUGCAAAGUGUCCCGAGUGUGGCAAGAGCUUCCUGAGCAACGUGGCGAUGGCCAUCCACAUCCGGACGCACACCGGGGAGCGGCCCUUCAAGUGCCACCUGUGCCCCAAGGGCUUCCCCUCGCGGGGGGACCUGAAACGGCACAUCAAGACCCACCUGCGCCCCAAGCGGAGCCCGCCUACCCCCGCGGAGGCCGCCUGCGGGGGCAAGAAGCGCCUGGCCGCCAAGCUGCAGCUGCUGAGCCACCUGCAGCGCCCGCCGGACCCCCGGAAGCCCCACGUGUGCGCCCAGUGUGGCAAGGGCUUUGGCACGCCCCAGAGCCUCCGGAAGCACCAGGGAACCCACUCCACCGAGCGCCCCUUCUCAUGCGCCCAGUGCGGGAGCAGCUUCCGCCUGAAGCAGAUCCUGGUGGCGCACAUGGACUGCCACGCCACCGAGCGCCCCUACCCGUGCCAGGAGUGCGGGAAGACCUUCGUGCAGGAGCGUGGCCUCCGCAGCCACCAGCUCGUCCACACAGGCGAGAAGUGCUUCUUGUGCGAGGCCUGCGGGCGCCGCUUCGCCUACAAGCAGCACUUCCUCAAGCACCUCCGCCUGCACACUGGAGAAAGGCCCUACUCGUGUGCCGAGUGCGGGAAGACCUUCCGGGACCGGGCGACGCUCAGUAUCCACAACCGGAUGCACACGGGUGAGCGCCCCUACAGCUGCCCCUUCUGCGGCAAGGCCUGCCGGCAGAAGCAGCACCUCAACAGCCACCUGAAGGUGCACCGGGGAGAGGUGCUCCCCCCCAGCGACGGCACGGGACGAGCCCUGCAGAAGGCAAAGGAGAAGCCCCACGCCUGCCCCAGGUGCGAGAAGCGCUUCCGCGACAAGCGGAUCAUGAGGGCCCAUCUGCUGACUCACGAACAAGAGUCUUUGUCCGCCGGGGACGCUGGCCCGGCCCAGGCAGAGGCCAAAUCCCCCAGCGGGAGAGGCGGGGGUCGGAAGCAGCCCACCUCUCUGCAUGCAACUGCCCCCCCUGAAAAGUUGCCUUUUGGGUGUGCUCAUUGUGGGAGGAAGUUUCCGCAGCGGAAAUCCCUCCUGUUGCAUCAGAGGAGCCACAGCUCGGAUCCGCCUCCGGAGGCGCCCGCUCGCCUGGGCGCUUCGCAUCCCGAGGAGGAGAUGCUCGGCCCGGUGACGCUGGACGACAUCACGGUUUCCUUCUCCCCAGAAGAGUGGGCAGGGCUGCAGGACUGGCAGCGACGGCUCCACCGGGACGUCAUGCGAGAGAACUACGAACUGCUCGCCUCUCUGGGCUGCGACCUCCGAGUCAAGGAUGAAGAAGGGGAGUCCGGGGAGGAAGAUGGCCGAGGGCUCUUCUCGGAGAUGGUGCUCCGGCGCUGGAAGCCCGAGGGCGAGACCUUGCGCCUGCAGCAAAACAGCGGCAGCAACGUGGCUGGCGAGCCUGUGGGUGGGGCAGGACUCCUGUCUCCUGUCUCAGAAGGAAGAGAUCCCGGAGGGGAAGAGCUGUGCCCCCUAACCUGCCCGGACUGCGGGAAGCGCUUCAAGAGCAAAACGGCCUGCUUGACGCACCAGCGCAUCCACACGGGUGAGCGCCCCUUUGGCUGCCCCGAGUGCGGGCGGCACUUCACCCAGCGGCAGCACCUGGGCACCCAUCUGCGGGUGCAUGGCGGGGAGCGCCCCUUCUCCUGCGGCGAGUGCGGCGCCGCCUUCCGGCUGCAGAAGCUGCUGCUGACGCACCGGCGCAAGGCGCACUUGGGGGAGCCGCCUCUGGCGUGCGCCGACUGCGGGAAGCUGUUCAGCCACAAGCACCACCUGAUGACGCACCAGCGGGUGCACACGGGCGAGCGCCCCUUCCCCUGCCCCCAGUGCGGGAAGUGCUUCACCCAGAAGCACCACCUGCAGACCCACCAGCGGGGGCACUCGGGGGACCGCCCCUUCCCCUGCCCCGAGUGCGGCAAGGCCUUCAAGGACCGGGCGGGGGUGCUGAUGCACCGCAUCGUCCACACGGGCGCCAAGCCCUUCGCGUGCCAGCGCUGCGACAAGAUCUUCAGCCACAAGCACCACCUGGUGAUCCACCAGCGCGUCCACACGGGCGAGAAGCCCUUCUCCUGCCAGGUGUGCCGCAAGCGCUUCACCCAGAAGCACCACCUGCUCAGCCACGAGCGCAUCCACACCGGCGAGCGCCCCCACGCCUGCCCCACCUGCCCGCGCAGCUUCAAGGACCGCAUCACCCUCAAGCUGCACGUGCGGCUCCACACGGGCGAGAAGCCCUUCUCCUGCGGGCAAUGCGGAGAGAGCUUCCGCCUGCGCAAGGCCCUGCUCUCCCACCAGAGGGCGCACGACGCACCCGCCCAGCUCAUCUGCACUGAGUGCGGGGAGAGCUUCCCGCGCAUGCGCAGCCUGGUUGCCCACAGGAGGAGGGCGCACCCAGCAGCAGCGCCCCAUGGGGCUGGCGCACGGCCUGGAUCAACCGGCCACUCGCGCCGCCCGGCUGAGUCACAGGCUGAUGGGGAGAGAGCAGCAGACGCCCCACCUGGACCCUGAGGGCGCAUGGCAGAAAGAAAAGGGCAGUCUGGGCCCUGGCACACAUCCUCCAGCUGCAAAGAUGCCAACGCAGUGAAUCGCCUGCCCAGGCCAGGAUCCCUAGGCUGGGUGGACAAGGGAAUGCGAUUCCCGUCUUUCAUGGCAUGGUAGAGCUGGAAGGGCUCCACGGGUCAUCCAUCCCAACCCGCUGCAAUACACCUUUCUCAUUGUC